CGAUAGAUCUUACAAAUAGCAUGUAUUUCUAGGUAAACACUUAAUUCGCAUAAUAUUAACUUACUUGUCUCUUAUCCAAAACCACAGCCAUUGGUCAGACGUCUCGUCUCUGUAACCAGCGAAACCAGACACACCAGGAACAUAAAUGUGCACCCCUUUAUAAAUAGCGUGAGAGCGAGAUCCCUGCAAUACCUAACCCUCCAGCAUGAAGGUCCCCACGCUGUCACUACUCUUCACUGUAGUCAUCCUGGCAUGUCUGGUCAGCGAAGGACAAUGCUGGUUCUCGUCUGUCAGAAGGGGAGCCAGUUUCGCUAAAGGCGCUGUCCUCGGGGCGCGUGAUAUGUACAGAGGAUAUAGGGAUAUGAGACGGGCCAACUGGAGGAACUCCGACAAGUAUUUUCACGCCCGGGCUAAUUACGACGUCGCCCGACACGGACCAGGUGGUCGCUGGGCCGCACGAGUUAUUAGUAACGCACGUGAGAACUGGCAGGGUAGUGUUAGUGGGCGUGGUUACGAGGACACACGAGCAGACCAAGAAGCUAACAGAUGGGGACGUAACGGAGGGGACCCAAACAGGUAUCGCCCUAGGGACCUUCCUGACAGAUACUGAGCUUGAGAAACAACUAAAGAACUGGACACAAUUCUUAGCUUUAAGUAUGCGCUGUUCUUCUAUAAACAAUAAACCCUGAUUCGUGUUUAACUCAUCGCCUCCUCGCUUCUUAAUUUACCGUAUACUACAAAAUUCCAGAGACUUUGCAAAUAUCGCUUACAAGGAAUUGGCUACAGUUCACAUAUUGGUACAUAAAAAGUCAACAAUUACAUUUUCAUUUUGCUACAUUUGCAAUAAAUACAGGGUUAAGCCCACGGAAAACAUUUGAGAUGUUCUUUUUAUGAUUCGGUUGUCGCGGAAAACAUAUAUGUUAAGUUUUCACGUUUAAAUGAAAUAAUAAAAUGCUAUUUGUA